UUCCCUUGCUGUGCUUGUUAACGCGUUCUGGGGCCCAAGUAAUUGAGCGCAGUAAACUUUGUCUUGCGUUUAGCUUAAUACAGGUCGCCUGAACCGCGCGGGGAUGAGAGUUGAAUUAAUUAGUGUUUUUUACCUUCACUCGAUUGCAGGCUUUAUAUAAAAUAAAAGCGCGAAUGAUUUACUCAAAGUACUUGGAAUAAAGUGUCGUUUGACUGUCGAUUGCUGUUAUCUCGAUCCGCGCUGCUUCACAUCACGCACAAGUUAUAUACCUAUUGGACCUGAAACCCAGAAAGUUUUGCUCAAACUACGCCAUGAUCAAUCUGUGGAAAUCACUGACUCGUCGCAAGACGGAGGACGUAAACGAAGGCGAGUCCCAGCUGGCGCGAGUCCUGAACCUGUUUGACCUGACUGCCCUGGGAGUGGGCAGCACUCUGGGUCUGGGCGUGUACGUCCUGGCCGGCCAGGUGGCCUACAACAUUGCGGGUCCGGCCGUGACCAUUUCCUUUCUGAUUGCGGCCAUUGCGUCCGCCUUCGCUGGAAUUUGCUACGCGGAGUUCGCCGCCCGAGUGCCGAAGGCGGGAAGUGCCUACGUGUACAGCUACGUAACCAUCGGCGAGUUUGUGGCCUUCACCAUUGGCUGGAACCUCAUCCUGGAGUACGUGAUUGGCACGGCCUCCGUGGCCCGAGGUCUGAGCGGCUACUUCGACUCGCUGAUCAACAACGACAUGUCGAAGGCCUUGAACGAGUCAAUGCACAUCGACGUGGACUUCCUGGGCGACUACCCUGACUUCCUGUCCUUCGGCAUGGUUCUCCUGCUGGCGGCCAUCCUGGCCUUCGGCGCCAAGGAGUCCAGCUUCCUGAACAACAUCUUCACCACCGUCAACCUGGUCACGAUCGCCAUCGUCCUGGUAGCCGGGGCCAUGAACGCCGACCCCGAUAACUGGCGGAUCCCAGAAAAGGAUGUCCCCGAGGGCUUCGGCAAGGGCGGCUUUAUGCCGUUUGGCAUUGCCGGAGUCAUGGCGGGAGCUGCGAAGUGCUUCUACGGCUUCGUGGGCUUCGAUUGCAUUGCCACCACGGGCGAAGAAGCUAUCAAUCCGAAGCGCAACAUCCCGCUCUCCAUCGUGAUCUCGCUGAUCAUAAUCUUCCUGUCCUACUUUGGCGUGUCCACGGUGCUGACUAUGAUGCUGCCCUACUACCUGCAGGACAAGGAUGCCCCCUUCCCGCACGCCUUCGACGCCGUCGAGUGGUACACCAUCAAGUGGAUCGUGACCAUCGGAGCUGUGUUCGCGCUGUGCACCAGUCUGCUGGGCGCCAUGUUCCCGCUGCCGCGCAUCCUCUACGCCAUGGGCAAGGACGGCAUCCUGUUCAAGAAGCUGUCCACGGUGAACAGCUACACGAAGACUCCGCUGCUGGCCACCGUUGUGUCCGGCAUCUUUGCAUCAAUAAUGGCCCUGCUCUUCAAUCUGGACCAGCUUGUGGACAUGAUGUCGAUCGGAACGCUUCUGGCCUACACCAUCGUGGCCAUUUGCGUGCUAGUGCUGCGCUACCAGGACGAGGAGAUGACCAAGCUGGUGUCCGUGAAGGCUCCGAACGUGUUCCGACAGUUCUUCAACGGCAACUCCUUCCGGGAACCCAACUCGAUGACCUCGGCCAUCACCAAGGUGGGCAUCGUCGUGUUUGCCAUCGUCUGCCUGGUGUGGUGCUCCUUCCAGAAGGUGUUCGACCUGGACAGCACAGGCGGGAUCGUGGCUCUGAGUCUGGUGGGCGCCCUGCUGAUCCUCAUCUGCGUGGUGAUCGGCAUGCAGCCGGUGUCCACCAUCGAGCUCACCUUCAAGGUGCCGCUCGUGCCGUUCGUGCCCUGCCUCAGUGUCUUUGCGAACCUGUACCUGAUGUUCCAGCUGGACCUGAACACCUGGAUCCGCUUCCUCAUCUGGAUUGUUAUCGGCUACGUGAUCUACUUCUGCUACGGCUUGCGCAACUCCACGCAGAUUGCCAGGACCCUCAACCGCGCCGAGGUGGCGGCAAACGCGAUGCAGAUCCAGGGUCAGCACGAGAACCCCGCCUUCGAGCCGGACUCCAAGGUGGAGAAUGGCCGGCGACCACCGCCAUACGAGUUCUCCGAGAAGCUGUAGACGCCACCAGCGGCCCCAGCAAAGUAUUAUAGCCCCCAGCUACUUCUGAACUUCAUUCGAUUCGGCAUCACCCUCUGAAUAGAAAAGGACUCCUCUGCCUUCUUGGCUAGCACGUUCAUGCGAGAGAGAUGAAUAGAUUGCGUAUGGAAAUUAAAUGGAUCUGCACCCUGGCGGCCCUUAUUGCCUCGGCCGUGCGGUUCUGUUAUUUCUCUGCGCCUCAGGACUUCUAGAGAGAGCUCAAAACAGACUCUAUUUUACCAUUUCACCCCUGCCCACCUUUUAGCGCACUUUUAACCAACUUUUAGCCACCCGAUUCCGCCGCAAUGCCCUAUUUGUUGUGAUAUUUGUAAAUAUACCUAUAUAUAUAGAGUAAUAUUGGUCGCAUAUUUGUAUAUUUGUCACAAUUAUUGUCGUUAUUUAAAAUGAGUUUUGUAUCUUACUAUUUUAUGCCACCGCAGAUACGCGUGCAGUUCGCACUGCCGUGGCCGCACUUAGUGUUUAAGCUCUUUAGCUGCUAAGCCCCCACAUUUGUUAUUAUUAGCCAAAACCAGAAACCAGAAACGAAUUUCGCCCCUUUCUCGUUUAUUAAAAAUGCAAUGAUGUUCAACAUAA